AUGGUCACAACAAUUCAAACAUCUUGUGAUGAAUUGUUACAAAAGUUUUGGGAAUUGGAAGAGGUUCCAAAAAUGAAUAAUCUCACAGUUGCGGAAAAGCAAUGUGAGCAAUAUUUUGAAGAAAAUUUCAAAAGACUUACAGAUGGUAAGUUUGAAGUUAAACUUCCAUUUAAAGAUGAACAGAAUAAAUUGGGUAAUUCUACCAUAAUAGCUAAAAGAAGGUUCUUUGCUCUAGAAAGAAAAUUAGAGCAAAACAAAGAACUUAGAUUGGAAUAUAAUGAAUUUCUUAAAAAAUAUUUGGAAAUGGGUCAUAUGGAAUUGAUAAAUAAUAAUUCGUCUAUGAAUAGUGGGUAUUAUUUACUUAGGCCAGAGAGUACAACAACUAAGUUAAGAGUUGUAUUUGAUGCGUCUUGUAAGACAACAACUAAUGUUUCGCUAAAUGAUAUCUUACAUACUGGUCCUAGGUUGCAAGAAGAUCUUUUUAAUAUUUUAUUAAGAUUUAGAAAACAUCGUUAUGUUUUUUCAGCUGACAUUGAAAAAAUGUAUAGACAAAUCUGA